GGCGGGGCUCGGUUUGCCUGCGGGGCUUCCUCUCGGCUUGCCCUCGGUGUGAAUGGUGUGAAGUAAAAAUGGUGCAAAAAUAUCAGUCCCCUGUUCGAGUCUACAAAUACCCCUUCGAGCUCGUCAUGGCAGCUUAUGAAAAGCGCUUCCCCACAUGCCCAGAAAUCCCUGUCUUCCUCGGCAGCGAGAUCCUUCGUGAAUCCAAGAGUGAUGAUGGAGCCAUUCAUAUCAUUGAACGAAGCUGUAAACUGAAUGUGGAUGCACCUCGUUUGUUGAAGAAGAUUGCCGGAGUAGAGUAUGUCUUUUUCGUACAGAAAAACACAGUGAACUGGAAGGAGCGAACUCUUGUGAUUGAAGCUCAUAAUGAGACAUUUGCCAAUCGUGUCAUUGUCGUGGAAACAUGUAACUACUCGGUUCACCCUGAGAAUGAAGACUGGACAUGCUUUGAGCAGUCGGCAUCUCUUGACAUCAAAUCAUUCUUUGGCUUUGAAAACACAGUGGAGAAAAUUGCAAUGAAGCAAUACACAGCCAACAUCAAGCGGGGCAAAGAAGUGAUAGAGCAUUAUCUGAAGGAACUGAUUUCCCAGGGCAUCACUUUUAUCCCCCGGUGGACUCCUCCAGCAGUCGAGAGAAAGCUGGACAAGCGGACUCCACCAGGAUGUGAGAGCGGCACCGUCCCAGCAGAAUCCCCCCCACAUGGAAGUGACAAAGAACAGCGAGGCAACACCUGCCCUUCUGUGGAGCCAUCCACCCCUGAUGCUGACAAAUUAGAUGCUGAUUAUAUAGAAAGGUACUUAGGACAGUUGACUCCCAUGCAGGAAAGCUGCCUGAUCAGACUCCGUCAGUGGCUGCAAGAAACACACAAAGGCAAGAUUCCCAAAGAUGAACAUAUCCUCCGUUUUUUGAGGGCUCGUGACUUCAACAUUGACAAGGCUCGGGAGAUGCUUUGUCAGUCACUGACCUGGCGCAAACAAUAUCAAGUGGACUACAUCCUGCAAACAUGGAGACCACCGUCGCUUCUGGAAGAAUACUAUACUGGUGGUUGGCAUUACCAGGACAAAGAUGGGAGGCCCCUCUACAUACUUCGUCUUGGCCAGAUGGACACCAAAGGUCUUGUGAAAGCUCUGGGAGAAGAGUCACUCCUUCGUCACGUACUGUCCAUUAAUGAGGAGGGACAAAAGAGGUGUGAGGAAAACACCAAUCUCUUUGGCCGCCCAAUUACAUCCUGGACCUGCCUAGUUGAUCUUGAAGGGCUGAACAUGCGUCACCUCUGGCGCCCUGGAGUAAAAGCUCUCCUUAGGAUUAUCGAGGUGGUUGAGGACAACUACCCAGAGACAUUGGGAAGACUUCUAAUUGUGCGAGCACCCAGGGUUUUCCCUGUUCUGUGGACUCUGGUUAGUCCAUUUAUCAAUGAGAACACCAGGCAGAAGUUCCUUAUUUACAGUGGCAACAAUUACCAGGGUCCUGGAGGGCUUGUAGACUAUCUAGACAAAGAUGUGAUUCCAGACUUCCUUGGAGGAGAAUGUGUGUGUAAUGUGCCUGAAGGUGGUCUUGUCCCCAAGUCACUGUAUCAAACGGAUGAAGAACCUGAAAUCUCUGAUCAUAUCCGUCUCUGGACAGAAACCAUAUAUCAUUCUGCAAAUAUCUUCAAAGGUGCUCCCCAUGAGAUAGUAGUGGAGAUCUUGGAAGGGGAAUCAGUGAUCACGUGGGACUUCGACAUCCUGAAAGGAGAUGUGGUGUUCAGCCUCUUCCAUUCCAAGCGAGCUCCCGAGACCAGCCGGAAGGAUCCUACGAUGCCAAACGCGUUGGCUGCUGGGGAUAAUGUGCAGCUGAUUGGCAAGAGCUGGGUCCUGGGAGUGGAUUACAGCCGUGUGGAGUCCCCACUGGUUUGCCGGGAAGGAGAGAGCAUCCAGGGUUCCCACGUGACUCGCUGGCCAGGCUUUUAUAUCCUCCAGUGGAAAAUGCACAGCCCAACUCCUUGUGCUGGGACCAGCCUCUCUCGGGUUGACGAUGUCUUGGCCACCCUGCAGGUCUCCAAUCACAAGUGCAAGAUCAUGUAUUAUUACGAGGUGCUUGCAUCCAAGGAGUUCAGGGGCUCCAUGACAAGUCUGGAAUCUUGCAACAGUGGAUUUUCACAGCUCAGUGGCGCUACAACAUCUUCCAACCAAUCGCAGAGCAGCUCUCUGGUUUCUAGAUAACGUCAUCCAGGACAGCGUUGAACACUAAGCAGUGAACUGCUGGGCCUAGAAGCUUUCUUCGGGUCUUCCCCAUAGACUGAGCCAGAGAUCCUCAUGGCUGGCUGGCAACGCCUCGGGAUGGCCAUCCAGGGGACCACAACGAGCGGCAAUUUGGGCACAACAUCGUUUCUAGGGAGCUGCUUGAAAUCCU